UAACAGACACUGCAGCUACUAGGCCUACGGACCCCGAUGUUGUCCCAUCAUGAAGAAGACACCCAAUGUCAGCAUCCUGUUGCUUUGGUUGCUUUCCAUCUCAGGAAGAGAAGAUGUUCAAACAAGUGAGAGCCCUCCUGCUCCUAAAAUCUCCUUGAUUCCUAUGUGGCGAAUCUUGCUAAGAGGAAAUGCCACCAUUGUCUGCAAGGCCCCUCUCUUCCCAAUGUUUCAUUUGUACCUGGAAAAGGAUGCACAGAACCUAAUAAUUCCUACAGAAGGAAUCAACGGAGUUGCGUAUUUUCUCAUCACUAAUGUGAGCGCAGAGCAUGGAGGAAUGUACAAGUGUUGUUAUAACAGUUCAAGCCUUUCCCAUUCAAAAUGCAGCGGGCUCCUAGAGCUUCUGAUAACAGAUCCUGAUCUACCAAGGCCAAAUAUUUCUCUUACCCCUAGAAAGAUGAUUCACUUAGGAAUCACCGUCACUUUUCAAUGCUCAGCCAAGGGCCCAAUCCAGGGGUUCUAUCUUCAUAAAAAUGGAAAUAAAUUGGAUUCUCAGUCUGUGAAACUGGAUGAAGACAGUGUUAUAUUUUCCUUUACUGAUGUGAAGCAGACUAAUGGAGGCAGAUACCACUGCAGCUACAAAUCAUCUUCAUACCCUUUCAUCUCAGAGUCCAGCAAUGAAGUGGAACUGUUCGUUGUAGACCCCACAUUUCCCAGGCCCACCAUCUCUCCAUAUCCGAUGUUGUUGGUCACCCCUGGAGGAAAUAUCACUGUCACAUGUAAAAGCAAAGGGUCAUUCAUGAGGUUCUAUCUUCAAAAGUCUGGAGAUGAGAUGCCUCAGCAGUCACUAGAGACCAAGGGGACCAUGGUCAAAUUCCACAUCAAGAAUGCAAGUGAAAGCCACACUGGAGAAUAUAGCUGUAGAUACAGCACUUUGUCAGAACCUUUCGUUGUCUCAAAAAUGAGCAAUCUCACUCAGCUGGUAAUAACAGUUCCUCAUCUCCCCAAGCCCAACAUCUCCCUGAUCCCUUAUGGAAUUGCAGAGCUGGCAAGCAACAUCCGCAUUGAAUGCACAGCCAACCGUUCAGGGAGCCGAUUCUAUCUUUAUGAAAGCAGAACCAAAAAGCAGUUGCAAAUAGUGAUCACAGCUGGCAGCAUGGUAUACUUCCCCUUCAACAACUUGACGAAAGGAAAUGGUGGGAGCUUCUGCUGCAGCUACAUGAACCAGUCGGAAUUCUUCACCUCUUCAGAGACCAGUGACGAUGUAACGCUGUUGGUCUUAGAUACCCUUUUGCCCAAACCCAACAUCUUACCCAAGAACAUGGAGUGGAUUCCCUUGAAGAGAAAUAUCAGUAUCACUUGCCAAUGUCAGUAUUUGGCUGCCAAGUUCUUUCUCCAAAAGGAAGAUGAUCAAAUGCCUUUCCAGACUCUAAAAGCAAAAGGGACCAUGGCCACAUUCAUCAUCAGCAAUGCAACCUCGGCACAUGAAGGGAAAUAUAAGUGCAGUUACAGCAGCACAUCAUACCCUUUUGCCAUCUCAUCGCCCAGUGACUUUGUGACCAUCCAAAUAACAGAUCCCACUCUACUGAAGCCCAGUAUUUCCCUUUCUCCAAAAGUGAUGGUCAUUCUGGGAUCCAGCAUCAUUAUUCCAUGCACAGUCCAUGAUCUGAAUAAUACGUUCCAUUUGAACAGUACUUUCUACCUUUAUAAGAUUGGUUAUGAGAAGGAAACACAAGCUGUGAAGCCAGACAACGAUACAGCCAUGUUCCCCAUCAAUAAUGCGAUGGAGAAGCAUGGGGGGGAAAUAUCACUGCAGUUACAAACCCCAACCAGUGUCCUUGAUGUCAGAAACCAGUGAUCCAUUGGAAAUUCUUCUUUUAGAUCUCACUUUAACCCGGCCAACUAUUUCCAUGAGCGGGCAAGCAGUGAUUGGGGAGACCAUCACUAUCUUGUGUACAAUUAACAAUGGACCCGUGAACUUCUAUCUCCAUAAGAAUGGAAGCCAAA